AUGCCGGAGCAGUUUGCGUUUUCGCGUGAGACGUCCUCAGUUGACGUGGCCUUGACUGGAAGGCCAACGCAAACAACAGGCUACUAUUCCUGCUUUCUGCGAUACAAAUACCACUGCAUCCGCGCAACGACGGGCGGCCCAAGGUUGCUUGGGGCAGCCCUUGGCAGCUGUGCCAUCACGUUCCUCGAUAUCUGGUCCACUUUUCAGGCAAAGACAGCCAUCUUCAUGAAACUGAUCUCCGUCGUUGGGGUAAUUGUCGUGGCGUGCCUUGGCAUGUACGGCACCAUUCCCUUUGAGAUUGCGUUCUACUGCUGCGCCGGUGUGGCUGGGUACCAGGUCCUGACCCUCUUCAUCGACAUCCCCCUCUACUUUGCUGUCGACGUUCCCCUGCAAAUUGUCUGGGAACACGCUCUAGUGGCGCGCACAGACAUAAACCUGGGAAGCGGCAACGACUUUCUGAGGGUGACUGCGAAGAACCGGACCCAGUAUUUGGCAACUGAUCUUGAAACGCAUAUCCUCGCUGCCGACUUGGUGGAACGGGCAGAGGUUACCAUCAUGCUGUACAGAGACUCGUGGUACAAUCGAAACGGUGAUAUCAAGUACGUCCUGUCCUGGCUUGCUGUUGGCUCGAAGACGACCGCAUAUUUUUUUGUGUUUGCCUUCAAGAGCCUUCAAGACAUUGGAUUCCUUCACAAGCUGUCAUUUUCAUUUCUUCACUGCAUCAUCCCACUGGGCUCUCUGGCGAUUAUGUUCUUCCUCGACAGCGAGUAUUACCUCCUGCCAAUCGCAACACUUGUCGCUGCCUGUGUAUGGGCGUUGCUUCUGGGUCCUCUGGUGUAUGCAGCCCUGCUGGUUGUUGCAUUGGUCGCAAACUGUGCGCUGUUGGGCAUCCCGGGCUGGAUCACGUCGUCCAUCUACAAGGCAUGGGAAAGGAGCAUGGUUGCAAACGCCAAUACGGCUCGUGAAGGACGCUACCUCAAGAAUCUGUGACCAAGCUUGCCCGUCACUUGCAUUUGGUGUUAUGACGCAUUGUUCUCUUCUUAACCUUGAUGUACACGACAUGCUGAGAGUAACAAGCCAUCACGUUCUUUAGUACGAUCACAAACACA